AUGGCCUCUAAAUAUUCGAUGAAUGACAGUCUAGAAAUAAGUAAAUUUAUUCGAGAAAAUGGAUGCUUAAAUAAUUCUAAAGAUCUAACGGCUGAUGUCUUACGAGAAAUCAUUAAUUAUCGAUUAUUUGACCAUAAACAUGUUAUUUACGUUAGUCAAUGUUAUGGAAUUUCUCAAGACCCCGUAACGAGUAAUUAUCUAAUGGUAACGCAUUAUUUUGAAGGUGGUAACCUAAGACAAUAUUUAAAUAGCAACCAUAGCCAAUUAUCUUUUGGUGACAAACUUGGACAGUUAUACACAAUGGCAAAUGGACUAUACAACAUUCAUUUAGAGGGACUAAUUCACAGAGAUUUUCAUCCGG